GAGGAGGAGGAGGAGGAGGAGGAGCAGGAGAAGGAGGAUUACACACCGGUCACCAGUCCAGUCUGCAGCCGCCUCACAGGCCACCUGUCUCGGACUAUUUACCGGACUCACACCGCGGGAAAAACAACUGCCGGAGCUCCGGUGAAAUUAUUUAACACCGAACCUUUUCAGGACUUUUUUUUUUGUUUUUGACUGACUUCCUUUCUUUGCUGAUAUCGGACUUUUUUUUUUUUUUGUAGAGGGAUCAUCAAUCACUAAUCAUUAACAUCCCCAAACUUUAGUGUCUCCGGGUUUUGCUUCCUGGGAAGAAACCCGAACCUCCAUCGGAUCCUGGAUUAAACAGACCCAGAGCCCCACUCCGCCUUUCCUGGCGUACUCCCGUGAGGCCGGUAUUCCUCAGCCGGACCCAGGAGCGGUCGCGUCCCUCACCGUCCCUCGGAGCACCUCCACCUUUGGACUGCCUUUCUGUUUUAAUCCUAACAUACACCACCGGAGCAGAGAAGCCUCUUCCUCUCCCUUUUCUUCAUCUUCUUUUUUUUUCCCCCUCUUCCCGCCUCUUUUACCUUGGACUUGACCUCCGCACCUGCGCGUCCCGUCCCGGGGUCUGACGGCCGGCGCUCCCCGCCGCCCAUGCACCAUGAAGCGGCCGUGCGAGGACAGCAGCUCGGCGGAAAGUGAGGUGGAGGAGACCAUCGAUGUGGGCAGUGAGAACAUUUAUCCAGGGCACAUGAAGGCAUCCUUCAUAAGAUGUGGAUCCCCGACUACGACCACUCAAGUGAUGGCGAGGAAAAAACGCAGAGGGAUCAUUGAGAAGCGACGCAGGGACAGGAUCAACAACAGCCUGUCGGAGCUACGGAGACUCGUCCCCACAGCGUUCGACAAGCAGGGUUCGGCUAAACUGGAGAAGGCAGAAAUCCUCCAGAUGACUGUGGACCACCUGAAGAUGCUGCAGGCCACGGGAGGGAAAGGUUAUUUCGACGCCCACGCUCUGGCCCUGGACUUCCUGUCUCUGGGCUUCAGGGAGUGUGUGACGGAGGUCUCCCGCUACCUGAGCGCCGUGGAGGGCCUGGACUCCAGCGACCCCCUGCGCUCCCGCCUCCUCUCCCACCUCACGUCCUGCGCCUCGCAACGCGACGCCGCCGCCCUGACAGCCGCCUCCCAUUCUCCGCAUCCCCACCACCAGCAGCCCCUCCCUUUACCCCACCCCUUCCACCCUCAGCACUGGGCCGCUGCAGCCACUGCCGUGGCCACUGCGGCUGCGUUUCGACAACUACCAGCCGCCGCCGCGCCGUACGGACUGAGCGGGCUUCCUGUUUCUCCAGAUGCUGGAGGAGGUGGAGCCCCCCAAAGGCUGGCCGAGCUAUCGCAGCGCAGCGUGGCGUCCUCCUAUUCCUCCCACGCAGACUUCACCUCCUCCUCCUCCUCCUCCUCCUCCUCCUCCUCUUCCUCCUGUCUCGUGCUCCCCUGCGCCCCGGCCCCUCUCUCCGCCUCGCUCCUCUCCCUCUCGGCCUCGUUUCCCAUCGCCCUCCCCGGUGCUUUCACCGUCCUCCCUCCCUCCUCCUUCACCUCCGCUGCCACCACCAGUCCUCCCAUGUCCUCCUCCUCCUCCUCCUCCUCCUCCUCGCAGACAGCUCACAGCAGCAGCAGUAAACCCUACAGACCGUGGGGGACCGAGGUCGGAGCUUUCUGACUGACCCGGCUGCCGACUAACCUCUGACCGACCCGGAAAGCUCUUUUGUCACCAGUGAACCAGAUACUUACGAACCCAGUUUCAGCCACGGGCUUUAACCCUCGACCCGAGCGACCCGUUCAGUUAACCUGUUAACCUCUGAGAUGUUUUUGACUGUUUUCACCUGCUGAGUAAAAAGUGACUGAUCGUUCUCAAAACCUCUGCCCAGAGGAAAGAAGUGUGUGGCUUAGUUUGUCGUCUUUCUUCUUUCUAUUCAGAUUUAUUGAUCCGUUUUAACACGUUCUACCAAUAUCAGCUCUUGUUUUGUUCCCGUAUAAGAUUUACUCCGCUUGGACAAAAUUGGACCUCACUCUUAUUGGAGGUUUGCUGCCAUGAAGGUAAAACCUGCACAACCUACAUAUUUAUUAUUGUUUGGCUUUGAUAAGUCUGGCGAUAUUAAAUCAAAUCCCAUUAAAAGGUCAAAACCAACACUGAAUGUCAUCUAGUACCGUGUGUGUGUGUGUGUGUGUGUGUGUGUGUGUGUGUGUAUCACAGCCUGAUGUAUCUUACUCCUCUGAGCCUCAGAGCUCCAUUAAAAACCCAAUGUCCUGUUGCCACUGAUACUCACUCCAGCGCCACGUGUGGAUUAUUCCGCCACAGAAAAUAGUCCCCAACAAAUGAACUGUUUCCUCCUCAUUAAUAAAAACUGCAGUGAGCAGCUGUAUUAAGAAAAUUACUGGGACUUUUUAAACAUGAAACUUUGUAAAUGUGAGGUGUUUUUAAAGAUGUACAUCCUCCGAAGGAACCAGUGGACCUGAGGCCAAGAGUCAGAAAGUGUCGGGAGACAGACUUGGUUUCCGUCUUUUUCCUGGAAAAAACACCAGGUUUAUCCUUUGAAACCUUCCUCAGACACGAACCACGCGACCAAAUGCGGAUGAACCAAAGGCUCCGAGAUGAACAGUCCAAUGAUGUUUAACCCGACCAACAGGAACGGACGCGCUUUUGAAGAGAAUCUGGUCCCGAACUGUGUCUCUGCGGGCCUCCGCCAGUUGCGUGUUCAGACCGGUGCGAACUGGAGUGAAGAUUAACAUAAUAACAGCGAUGGUGAUUUGAAUAUUGUACUGACUGAAACUCGACCGUAUUUGAUCCACUUUGUUUUCUAUUACCUGUGGUUUUACACGUAAACUGUCACUGAAUUUUUUUCCACCAGAAAUCUGCGAUUCCCCGUGUGUCUUUCUACAAAUAAAGAUGAUAACAACA